AUUCUGGGAGAACAGGAAGAAGAUCCCAAUCGCCUUCCUCUCCAUCUCAGAGCAGGGUGUUAACACGCUUUUCAUUUCCCGGGACAUAUUUCACUGACUGGAAUUUGGACGGAGCUCAAUUUAUUGUGGACGCGUUUUUGGCAAAGGCUCACUAAAGAUGUGGAAGGCAGCAGCAGGACAGUCAAUAAAAGUGGCUGUAGAUGAAGGUGGUGAUGACUGGGAGACUGACCCCGACUUUGAGAACGAUGUAUCUGAAAAGGAGCAACGCUGGGGUGCCAAGACAGUGGCUGGUUCAGGACAUCAGGAGCACAUAAAUAUCCACCGCCUCCGUGAAACAGUGUCAACAGAGCAUACCAGCUUGAAGCAGAAGGAAUUGGAUAACAUGCCUAAGGCCUCACAUGGAUAUGGAGGAAAAUUUGGGGUGCAGCAGGACCGCAUGGACAAGUCUGCUGUAGGCCAUGAUUACCAGAGUUUGUUAUCGAAGCACUGCUCCCAGACUGAUAACUCCAAGGGUUUUGGAGGAAAGUUUGGUGUUCAAGCUGACCGUGUUGACCAGUCUGCUGUCGGCUUUGAGUAUGCUGGGAAAACCGAGAAACAUGCUUCACAGAAAGACUACAACACUGGGUUUGGGGGGAAAUAUGGUGUUCAGGCUGAUCGUGUCGACCGGAGUGCGGUGGGCUUCGAUUACCAAGGCAAAACUGAGAAACACGAGUCCCAGAAAGAUUAUGCCAAGGGUUUUGGAGGGAAGUUUGGCGUGGAGACUGACAAAGUGGAUAAGAGCGCUGUGGGCUUCGAGUACCAGGGCAAAACUGAGAGGCACGAGUCUCAAAAAGACUAUGUCAAAGGUUUUGGUGGCAAAUUCGGCGUGCAGACUGACAGGCAGGAUAAAUCUGCUUUGGGAUGGGACCACCAGGAGAAACUACAGCUCCAUGAAUCCCAGAAAGAUUACUCCAAGGGGUUUGGAGGGAAAUUUGGUGUUCAGAAUGACCGGAUGGAUAAGAGCGCAGGCAUGUUUGAGGAUGUUGAGAAGCCCAAACCAUUUUACCAGAAAACUAGACCCGUGGAGGCUGCUGGCAGCAGCACGGGCAGUAUUAAGGCCCAGUUUGAGAAUAUUGCCAGGCAGAAGGAGGAAGAAGACAGAAAGAGAGCUGAAGAGGAGAGAGCACGUCGACAGGCCAAGGAGAAACAGGAGCAAGAGGAGGCACGUCGUAAAAUAGAAGAGAGGGCCAAAACCCCCUCCCCUGUACCAAUUGCUAGCCCCGUUACCACUCCUAGCCCGACUCCAGCAGUCCAGCCUUCUGCUUUUCCAACAUACCAGAACAAAGAUUAUGAAGCUGUUGAAGAGAAUGGAAAACAACUUUAUGAUGCCGAACCAAAGGGUAACUUCGAGCAGGAAGUGCUUUACGAUACCCCUGCUGAAGAGGGGCAGUACGAGUAUGGUGAGGACCCUGGGAUGACAGCGGUUGCCCUGUAUGAUUACCAAGCAGCCGGCGAAGACGAGAUCUCCUUCGACCCUGAUGAGGUCAUCACCAAUAUUGAGAUGAUCGAUGAGGGCUGGUGGAGAGGCAUGUGCAGAGGGGUUUAUGGUCUUUUCCCUGCCAAUUACGUGGAAGUCCGCAGCCAAUGAUGUUACCCUGCACACAAGGAGAUGCUUUCCAAUACACUUACCAUGUCAUGCUUUUCUCUUAAAAUCUCCUUUCCAUAUCAUAGUGCUUCAACACUGUGCAAGACAUCUCAGGUCUUCUCGUAGCUUUCCUUUGCUCCUUUCCACCCCACCUAACUUGAUUAUUCUGCAGGAUGAGAAAACAUGACUCAACACAUAAAACGUGACGAGGCCUGAAAGGCCUGUUGAAACUCUGGUAAAUGUUUCCACCUUGCAGCCAUGAGUUGCAUUUUAGGACUUAAUGGGUCAUCUCCCAGAAUUAAGCAUCAAAAACUGCCGAUCAGGUACUACUGCUAAGGUUAGAGAGGAACAUUUAGUCUUUCCAAAGACCAGAUUGGUAACAAUAGUGUCUCAAAACAGUGUUGAGUGGAAGAUAGAAAGUGGUCACUGGAUGCUAAGCAGUCCACCCACAAGAUAACUUUUCUCGCUUCUUCGGCCUUUCGUCAUAGUUUGUAUGAAACCAAAAGACAGAACAUAUGUAGAAGUUCUUGAAAACAACCUUAUGCUUCGUAUUGAAGUUCAUGCAGUAUGCAAAUCUCCUUUGAAUCUGCAAUUGCAUCAGUUAUAUCUUGAACUUAACAGCGUCAAGGGCAUAUCUAGGCACCUGGGCAGAUCUCAACAUUAACACUAAAGCUCAUGGUUGUGAUGGUAUUGGCUUUGUUACUGUUGAAUGAGAAUCAUGUACAGAUAGAUCACAUUUGUGAUGUUUUGAGAGUAGAUUUGAAAACAUUUUUAUUCUUGUCACAAUUUGUUGUUGUCUGUGGCUUUUUCUUUUGCCUUUGGGUAAGCUGACAUGAGAUGCGAUUGUGGCCAAUCGUCUGUAAUCAGGACCAAAUGAGCCUGGGACCUUUUCAAAAAAGAUUUACCUGAAGUGGAGACAACGUAAAGAAAUAGAACAAACUGUUAAAGGGAGAUUCCACAUUCUGUGAGCAAAUGUUUCUUACAUAUUGCUUGUGUAGCGUAACCGUGUGUGUGCGCGUGUGUGUGUGCAUGUGUCUGUGGGCGAGGGCUUUCAUUCUUCACAUCUUUGGGGUUUUAUAAUAAAGUGACCUUUUCAAAUGCA